AUGUUCUUCAAACAAUCAGGCUACAAACCCCGUCCCCGGACAGGAAGCAGCUCGUCGCAGACGUCAAGCACAUCAGGCAGCCCGCCCAAGGACGAGACGAAGAUGGCUGGUCAGAAUAAUGCCAACAGUGAAACCACGAGUUUUGGAGCAGCUGAUCGAAGACGGGCUUCCGCUGGAUCCGACAAAUUCGCAGGCUUGACGGCCCAUCGCAAUGGUCAGGACGAACGACGCGCUGGCUGGGCAGACCAGAAGCCCGGACAGCCUGGCAUUUUGGGCGGCAUGUGGGCCAGUUUCACAAAGGGGAAAUAA